UGAUCGAGGAUGAAACUGUACCAUAUUCCACUGGAUUUGUAGUCCGGCGCUCGACGAACUCCCAUUAAGUGUGACUAUCCCGCCCGCCGGGAGGAACUACAACUCCCAUGAACCCACCGCCGCGCUUCUGUUAAUAUCAAUAUGGCUUCUGUCAGUCAGACAAAGGCGAAUCAGUUUUUGCCUUGAAAUGAAAUCAAAUUAGGGAAAGGUAGCGGGAGAGUCGGACGUCGUCCUGGUUUGCUGGUUCAUGUCUGGCGACGGGGAUUAAAGAGACGGAAACACUGUCAGUUGAGUUGAAUAAAUGCUGUGCUGCACGGAGGCCCCGCACGCGCACAAUCAGAAUGUCCCAUUAUACAGAUGAGCCUCGUUUUACCAUUGAGCAAAUUGACCUGCUGCAGCGGCUACGUCGGAGCGGCAUGACAAAGCAAGAGAUCUUGCACGCCCUGGACACCCUCGACCGGCUGGACCGCGAGCACGUGGAGAAGUUCGGCCACCGUCAUGCCCACGGCGGAAGCGGGGUGAGCGGCGUCAAUCAUGGCAAUGGCAGCAACGCCACCACCUCUUCCAACUCCUGCACUACCUCCUCUAACAACCUCACAGCCUCUUCUUCGACGACCUCUAAGGCCACGCAGACGGGAUACCGUGGCAAUGGCCUCUCUCCCUCCCCUAGCAACAGCUGUGACACCUCCCCGCCCCCGACGGUACCCACCCCCGUGCCGGUAGUAGCACCCAUGGUCCAAAAUGGACGGGACGGCCUCGCCGCUAUGCCCAACGGGAAGCUCUCUCCACCCCGCUUCGCUGUUAGCAACACCUCUUCGCGGGCCUUUGCAUACGAGCUCCCAGAUGAGGAAGUGGACAUCGAUGACAAAGUCGAAGAGCUCAUGAGAAUGGACAGUGCUAUAAUUAAAGAAGAGAUUAAAGCCUUCUUGGGGAACCGGCGAAUAUCACAGGCAGUAGUUGCCCAAGUCACAGGUAUCAGUCAGAGCCGGAUCUCUCAUUGGCUGCUCCAGCAGGGCUCAGACCUCAGUGAGCAGAAGAAAAGAGCCUUCUACCGCUGGUACCAACUAGAGAAAACUACACCUGGUGCAACACUAGCUAUGCGGCCCACCCCGGUGGCCCUGGAGGACAUUGUGGAGUGGCGUCAAACCCCUCCUCCCAUUAGCAGCACCCAGGGCAGUUUCCGUCUGCGCCGCGGCAGCCGCUUCACCUGGAGGAAAGAGUGUCUGGCGGUGAUGGAGAGUUAUUUCAAUGACAACCAGUACCCCGAUGAAGCCAAGCGAGAGGAAAUUGCCAACGCCUGCAAUGCAGUUAUUCAGAAACCAGGGAAGAAGCUUUCAGAUCUUGAGAGGGUCACGUCUCUGAAAGUUUACAACUGGUUUGCCAACAGACGGAAGGAAAUUAAGAGAAGAGCCAACAUAGAAGCAGCAAUCCUGGAGAGUCAUGGGAUUGAUGUCCAAAGCCCGGGAGGUCAUUCCAACAGCGAUGAGAUCGAUGGAAAUGACUACGGUGUGCCAGUAGCUGCUGACCAAGUUUUGGGAAUGGAUGACAACACCGGCCAAAUCGAACACCAGGACCCCAUAGCUUUGGCAGUGGAGAUGGCUGCUGUCAAUCACAGCAUCCUGGCACUGGCGAGGCAGGGCGGAGCCACCAGUGACAUCAAAACAGAGGUGCUGGACGACGAGUGAGAAUCUUCCCUGUGGAGCACGGAGGGAAGCCGAAGGAGAAAUGUGGGGUUACAAAAACAAAGCCAAACAGUUUGUGCGUGAACUGUUAUUAUGAGGAAUAUGGCCAGGUCGUGGAUGACCAAAGUGAAUGCGGAGGUUAUAAAGACUGUUAACCCAACAUUCCCCCUCCUCCUCCCUCCUACAUGUGACGCCUCAAUAGUCUUUCCAUUCAAACCAUUCUCCUACACGCAGCCAAUUGGGGAGGCGCUGCAAUUAAACUGUUUAUGAAACACGUUCACUAAAAACGUCAUGCGACAUAUCACCCUGCCAUAUCACACUUGGAUAGUGAAUUUUGCCUCUCAGUUUUCCUUCUUUCAGGAAGUCUUCUUUGCAGGAUAUAAGAGGUCAGUAUCAUACUAAAUGUUCACUGCCUCAGUCUCUCCAGGGAAAGUGUGUUGGGAAGCAUAUUCUCUCUCACUUCUUAACUUAUUUCUUUAUGUACGUGCAGUCCAGCGUUGCUGAAAUUGUGUUUAAACUUGUACAGUUGUCACCAGGGUCUAAAGUUAACGCUCGCCUACCACCAAAUGUGUACAUGCGGCUUUGCCAAGUCUGCUCUGCCAAGCAUUAACAGACUAGAAAA